UUUAAUUUGAAAGUGGCUUUAGGAGUUUAGGGCACCAAGGACCCAGAUGCUUGCUUGGAGUCCAGCCCAAGUGAGUGACUGAAUCAUCUCUAGUAAAACAAAUGAACUCAGUCUGAAGAGUGAAGAUUGCCAGGGGAUAGAGUGAGGGCAACGAUCAACCACCUGCUAUUUGCAGAUCAUCGCCCGAUUCACCAUUACAGCAGCCAUUACUCUAAGGAAAUAUGGCAACUAUUAGAAAUCUGAAAAUCAAGACAGCAGCAUGCAAACGCAUUGUGAAGGAGCUACACUCUUAUGAGAAAGAGGUUGAGAGGGAGGCAGCCAAGACAGCUAGCAUGAAGGAGAAGGGUGCUGACCCUUAUGAUCUUAAACAACAGGAAAAUGUGCUUGGUGAAUCAAGGAUGAUGAUUCCUGAUUGUCGCAAACGCCUGGAGUCCUCACUAGCCGACUUAAAAGCAAUAUUGGCUGAGUUGGAGGAGUUGAAGCAAAAGGAAGGACCUGAAGUUGUUGAAGCUGAAAGCACAGUUGCUGAUAUUGAGAAGUUAUUCCAAACAACAGAAUCUUAGUAUGUUGGCUCAAUAUAAUUGAGUGUCUUUUAUGCUUUUGGUGUCGAGAAUUUGUCAUAUUUAAGGUUGGCAUAUUAAGACUUAUUUUUAUCGUAUUUUAAAUAAGUUUUUCAUUAAAAAUCUGGUUCUUGUGGUAUGUGUUAGAUAUCAUAUUUACCGUUUUGAUAAUGGUAUGU